GGUUUAUUCCGGCAGACUGCGCGCCGCGGUUUGCAGCUCUCGCUCUCUCUUUCUCUGCCGCCCUUCUUCCAGCCGGCCAUGACCAUCACCAGCGUGAAAGUCGCUGACUGUGGCGGUAGGGUGAGUGGGUGAGCGCUGGAGGAUCUACUUUGGGGUUUUCGCGGGCCUCUUCUGUCCGUCCGCUCACGCGGGCACGCGCCUGUCUUGCAAGCGCGUGUAUGUUCUGUGGCACUUUCUUGAAGCAAAAGGCGGCGGCAGCGGCGGCGAAGCGCAGUGGUAUGUCCCUGUCCACAGUCCUGGCCUCUAAAGUGGAGAUGAGCCCGACCCAAGGAAAGGAAAUCAUCUCUUAAGAUUACAGAGCCAGGAUGGUGCACUUGCAGCAGCCCCUGCCUCUGAUGGUGGCGGUGCAGACCUUCCUCCCGCUUAUACUUUGUGAUGCUAAGCAAAUCAUCCAUGCCACAGACUUACUGAACUGGGAAGAUAAAGAUGCUGCAGAGACACUAGUUGAUAACUUAGGCAAUGUGAGGAUCAUCAACCCUUUACGCCUCUUUGUUAAGCCAUCCCCAGCACUGAAACAUGGACAGAUCUCAUAUUCAGACAACAUAGACAACUUUUGGGAUUGGUUAUCCAACAUCACUGAGGUUCAGGAAUCUCUUGCACGAACUAAACGCAGACCAAUUGUAAAAACUGGGAAAUUCAAGAAAAUGUUUGGGUGGGGUGACUUUCAUUCUAACAUCAAAACUGUGAAGCUGAACCUUCUCAUAACAGGGAAAAUUGUUGACCAUGGCAAUGGAACCUUCAGUGUUUAUUUCCGGCACAAUUCAACAGGCCUUGGAAAUGUUUCUGUGAGCCUGGUGCCACCUUCCAAGGUGGUGGAGUUUGAAUCUUCAUCACAGUCAACACUAGAGACCAAGGAAUCCAAGUCUUUCAACUGUCGAAUUGAAUAUGAAAAAACAGAUAGAGCUAAAAAAACUGCAUUGUGUAAUUUUGACCCUUCAAAGAUCUGCUAUCAAGAGCAGACGCAAAGCCAUGUAUCCUGGCUGUGUUCUAAACCAUUUAAAGUCAUCUGUAUUUACAUUGCUUUUUACAGUGUUGAUUACAAACUGGUGCAAAAGGUCUGUCCUGAUUACAACUACCACAGUGAAACACCAUAUUUGUCAUCUGGAUGAUGCACUCCAUUUUCUUUUCAGUGACUAUUAAAUCAGUGUAUUGAUAAGCUUAUCUAAAAUUCCACUUUAAACUUCUUUGGGAGAGGGCUUCCUAAUCAGGUUAAAGUAAGAAAAUUAUUUCUACCAAAUUUAAAUAAUCCUCUAUCUGUGGGCUGAUUCACCUAUGCAUGUUCUUCACUUGAUGACUACAACAUCAAGUGGUAAUUUGCAUGUGUCAGUGAACUAUCAGAGAUCAAACGCCAUGGAUAGAACUUCCCUAACACUUCAAACACAAGUAUGUCAGUGGAGUCAGUUCACCCAUUCAGCUAAAAUUCAGAGUGCUGUGUAAUCAAAUGAUGUUUAUAAACGUGUGAAACAGCCCUAAGACUGAGCAUUACCAUAGAUAUUUAAGCAUUCAGAUACCAAAAUGUCAUUUUAAAAUAAUAAUUAAAAUGAUGAUGAUUUCUGAUUGUGUAUGUUCCCAUUGGUUUUGGGGAAAAUACCAAACACUAUCAAUAUGUGAACAGGGAGGAAACAACAAACCCCAUGCAAGCAAUGUACACAUCUGCCCUCUCCUAGGACUUGCUGCAACAGGAAAUAAAUAUUUAGAGGGGUGGGGAAAACACACUUCAUUGGCAUUAUAGGAAAGUCACAACAGCACUGCCAACAAAUACAUCAGGAUUAAUAUUUAGGGUCAUGUAGUGAUGUCGCUAAGAUGGUCAUCUGUAGAAACACUGAGGGAAGUUAAAUACACCCACAAGAUUGGGGUGAGGGGAAGGUUACAGGAACAGGACUUGCACAACACUAGAGUUGCUAUGAAUUUUGCCUGAAACUCUAGCAGAAGUCCUGUAGGAACUGAAAAUUAAAAGCAUUUCGAUGAGAUUUGUGUAAUCUGUUCAUGAAUGAAUCAUUCACAAGAGCUUUCACUGACUAUUGCCAUUUAGCUAGAAUACAGCAGAACUGAACCCAAUUAAAGCAGUGUGGGUGGGUCAGUUGCAACCUCUGAAGCCAUGCUUAAAAGCCAUGUAAAAAAAACCCCACUACAUUUUUAUAGUUCUUAUAAAAUCAGUGAAUGGGACCCACUAGCGAGUAAAAAGUGUAUUGUGCAUUUAUUUCCCUACUUUAGGGUGUGCCCUCCCCUCAGAAGUGUGCCUGAUGCCAAUCUUACUAUCGUUUUUGGGGCCAAGUUAAGAUAUAUCUGCUUGGCCAGACAUUUACAGGAUGUAGUGAGUUAACUGAUUUUAUUUUAGUCUGCCCUUGAUUCAUCUGCUCCUACCACUUGUUGAGAUAUAUCAUGUUUUUUUUUACUGUGUAUUGCUUGUUUUGUUUUUUCUCAUUUUAAAUGUUAUACCCCACCCUAGUAUCUAUAUAAAUGAAGAAUGGGUUAAGAGUGCUUCUGAUUAAAAAAAAAAGUCAGUGAAGUAUAGGAAACACUUCCCUUCCACAUGAGUGAUCAGGACAGACAUAUAGAUCCUAAACAAGACAACACAUUAUUGAAAGAGCCAUUUUAUGCAAAAAUUAAGAAACACUUGCUGUACUUAAGCUGGCUAAUAUAGAGAGUCUGUUAGCACAAUGCAGUCAAGCUAUUUCUAGGAGAGGAGUGGGGAACAUCUGGCCUGGGGAUCAUAUAUGGCCCUCUAGGCCUCUCUCUCCAGCCCUCAAGCCUCUUCCCAAGCCACACCCCUUCCUCAGCCACACACAACCUCCCCAGGGCACACCCCUCAUUGACUGCUUUUGCCUGGCUGGAAAUGCCCUUAAACUCUGAUAAUGCCUUUUGGUUGCUUGGAUGGAGGAUAAAGAGAAACUAGCCUAUUGUAGAAAAGUAAAAUUUGCAUUGCCAAUAGUCACACCCACUACUGGCACGUGGCCUCUAAAAAGUUGUCCGAGGGUGAUUCUUCUAUACAAACACAAAUGGAAGGACUCUGAUUUUUUUAGCAACGUGUACACAUGUCAAAUGAGGAAUGGUAGGAAUGUUUGUCACCAGCAUCUGCUCUUUCAAAAUGACAUGUAAAAUUCCUAGGACUAAAGAAGCAAGGACAGGAAAGGAAAAAGGAUACUGUAUCUAGUUUUUCACUAUAAUGUAGAUGUGAAGAAUCUUUGGCCCUCCAGAUAUUGCUGAACUACAUUAUCCCUCUUCAUGCUUGCUUGGGCUGAUGGCAGUUAUAAGUUAACAUCUGGAGGGCCAGAGGUUCCCCACACCUGCUAUGUUGCAUUGACAAGAUAGAUAUCAGGGGUUGUAUCUGCUGGCUCUGCUCUCGCAAUGGGAUCUCUUCUCUUUAUACCUACAGUCCCCCCAAAUGUGCUCCAGAGGGUCCCACAACCCUCUAAAGCAGAUCAUAAGGCUGUGCAGGGGGCUGUGGGGGGUGGGUGGAAGGAAGGGAACUCUUGUUGCAAAAAUAGAAGUUGGUUCUACUUGCACUGAUAAUUAAAACAAGAUUAUUUUUCCCAUUGCCACAUCAAAGAAAGGACAGACGGUAUGCUAGUGAGGCAUACAGAAAGACGGACUCUUUUCACAUUACUCAAUAUUAGUAAUAGUAAUGGCAGCUACCACACUUUCUGCAUGUCAAAAUUGUGUGUCAAAAUCAGACUACCUCCUGUCCAGAAUUUAAUCUAACCUGGGGGCUGUUAGAAAGGAGCCCUGCGACUGUAUUGCCUAAUUUUCACAAUUGUGGUGAAUUUGGGAGAGACAGCAAUGCAGUCUUAAUGCUUGUCUGGAAUUAAGCCCAAGUGGUCUGGAGGAAGGCAGGGGUGGGCAAGCAGAGCUAGAGAAUGAGCAGGAGGGGUACCUCUCCUUUAUAAGCAGCAGAAAAUGGGGGCAAAAGCACAGCAGAAAGAAAAUUCCAGGAAUUGUUAAUUGAUUUGUAGGAGCUAGGGACAGACAGUCCUCACCUCUCCCCUAGGAUGAACUGGGGCUCCAUAGUCAAAGAGCAGAGACAGGACUGUGAUGUAAGAGAGGGGUGUGGUGUAAUGGAGAACAUCAGCAUGAGCAUCAGUGAGGAGGUCCAGCUUCAGAAUUGGCAAUAGACUUCAACCAGUUAGCACAUACCACUGGAACACCCAGCCAUCUAUACAUUUACCCCACUCUUAAGUCCGAUGCAUAUUGGUAAUUCUCUUCCCUUCCUUUGCAGUGCAAUCUCCACCCAAAAAUUCUUUUAUUUCAGAAAACAAAUUGUCUUAGAAGUUAGCAGUUUAGAAAUGUGUUUUUUAUUUGGCUGAUCAUAAACGUGAGCAUUUCCCCACUCUCCCCCCCCCUUUGUUGGUUUUCUGCAUUGAGUUCCCUUUCAGUUUUUCCUUUCUACCAAGAUAAUAAGCAACUAAAAUUCUAGUUCACAUUUGUGUUGUGUGUCCUAGAUUUAGCUGUAUAUAAGCUAGGAUUUGUUGCUAAAAUUUAUGAGUUCAAUAUUGGGUGCUUUUGUAAUUUAGUCGUAAGCCAUUAUUUUUGGACAUGUAUUUUUACCCAUGUCUAGGCAGUUUAAAACACAGCUAAAAGUUAUUGUAGAGUAUGUG